AUGGAGGCAGGUACCAAGACCAAUGUCGAGAAGGUAGAAAAUGAGAAGAGCGAAAGCAACAAGAUAGGCUUUUUCAGUUGCACAAGCUAUGUGAUCGGAAAUAUCAUUGGUUCGGGUAUAUUCAUAACACCAUCUGGGGUACUGCAAUCAGUGGAUUCAGUUGGUCUGUCGUUGGUUGUUUGGAUCAGCUGUGGACUGAUAUCCCUUUUAGGAGCUGUUGUUUACAUAGAAUUGGGAACGAGUAUUUUGGAGCCUGGUUGUGAUUUCGCCUAUAUGUGCUACGUUAAAUGGCGAGUUUUAUCACUUUUAAUUUCUAUUUUGAGUUUACUAGAGAGUGAAGUCAAAGAUAGCAAUUUUUUCAGAACUGUGUUUUAUAGGUCGCCAAUAGCAUUUGCCUUCAUGUGGGUUGGUGUAUUGCUUACAUAUCCCGCUUCAGUUGCUAUUCAAGCACAAACCUUUGGAAGAUACUUGGUGGAAGGUUUUUCGCCGCUUUAUAAAUUGGAUCCCUCCUAUGAAACAUUUGUUGAAACUGGGAUUGGACUACUUUUGUUGGCAAUAAUAGUCUGGAUUAACUUUUAUUCACUUGGAGAAGUUGUAUCAAAAUUCCAAAUAGUAGCAACAAUAGCUAAACUCGGUUCUAUGGGACUAAUUAUUGUUGGGGGGUUGUAUUGGCUCCUUUGCAAAGAAGUUACACAGGACCUAAAAAAGCCUAUGGAACAUAGUAACUGGAAUAUAGUUGGUAUAGUGUUAGCAUUUUAUGCUGGCUUAUGGUCCUAUGCUGGAUGGGAUGUGCUUAAUUAUGGUACAACCGAGGUUCGCAACCCGAGAAGGAAUAUGCCCCUCUCGUUAAUUACCGGUAUCACUACUGUAUCAUUGAUUUAUACGGCUAUAAAUGUCGCAUAUUUUGCUGUUAUGUCUGUUGACGAAGUGAAAGGGACGGAUGCUAUUGCUGCUUCAUUCAGUCAGCGAGUAUUUGGUAAAUUUUCAUAUGCAAUUCCUUUUAUGGUGGCUAUUCUAAUUUGUGGUACACUGAACAGCAACAUUUUUUGUGCAAGCCGCUACAUGUAUGCAGCAGCAAAAGAGGGUCAUCUGCCACCGUUUUUGAGCUGUAUCAAUGAAGGAACUGGUAGUCCACGUCCAUCAUUAUUUGCCCAGGGUUUCCUAACUUUUAUAAUGGUCUUCAUGGACGUCACGACAUUGAUAUCUUAUGUAUCAUUUGCAAUGAUUUUACAACGAAUGGUAACAAUGCUUGCUCUUCUUUAUAUUAGAAUACGUCAUAUUCCGGUACACGAAGGGGCUAUUAGGUUACCACUGGUAUUAACCAUCCUCUUCUUUUUAAUCAAUUUGGUUUUGGCUGUCGUGCCAGUGAUUCAAAACGUUAAAAUGACAUUAAUAAGUUUGGUCUUUCUUGCCAGUGGUAUUGGAAUAUAUUUCUUGUUGGUACGACCAAAACAGUUACCAGGCGUGUUUGAUACUGUUAAUGAUUUUUUGACUAAUUGGACAAUGCGUAUUUUCGACUGUAAAACAGAUGUUAAGGGCAUGGAAGUCGAUAAGAAAACGGAAAAUGAAGAAGGAAACAUUGAGUUUAGCAAUUCUUAG